AGUGUCACAAUGCAAAGCAGAUCUAAAAAUAAGUUUGAUGUUCUGCAUUAAAUCAGGGGUGACAAUGAAGCCUGAAUGACAGGACGCUGCUGGCUCGAGGGGCUCUGUGAUCAUGUGGCCGCUGGAUGAGCGCAUCUGACAUCCCUAAAGGGACCCUGGAUGCAGCGAGACACAGACAGCAUCCGAGAGCGGAAACGCAAUGAAGUAGGUCAUUCAUGCAUAGAUACGCACGCAUGCACCCCCUCCCCUCCAUCUCUCUCUCUCUCACACACACACACACACACACCAGCUCCGCGUGCUCCAGCGGCUUCUUUCAGAAGCACACAAAGACAGCAGAACACACUCAGCCGGACGCAUGGCAGAAGCGGACCGCUUUUCCCACAUGAGUGCAGGAUGUAGAGAGCUGGAGUGCUGAGGAAACUCAUUUUUUGAUGAUAGAUCAUCAUGGUUUUUUGGAUGAAUUUCUAGCAGGGUUGAGAACAGGACGCGGUGUUUGGAUGCAGGAACAUGAGGGAGAGAGACAGCAGGGCACGGGCAGGGUCAGAUGCUGUAGGUGUGAUUGUUAUAAUAACACCAAAGCAUAUGAAGUACAAAAACAGACAUGGUGAAAAAGGGAAAGGAAGGCGAAAGAGAAUAAUAAAAAAGUGCCCAGGUGGGGGUUCUCUCAGCGGGACGGGGCAGUGGGACGGGCGGCGCUCCGGUCGGGGACAUGCAGGCGCUGUCAAUCACAUCUCUCUCCGCCUCGGAGCUGGAACAGCAGUAUGAGCUGAUCGCUCCUUUAGGGAAGGGCACCUAUGGCAAAGUCGACUUGGUGGUGCAUCGGACACAGGGUACUAAGCUGGCUCUUAAGUAUGUGAGUAAGAACAAGACGAAGUUGCGCAGUUUUCUGCGUGAGUACAGCCUGACGGCCGCGCUGGGCUGCAGCCCGUUUAUCAUCAAAGUUCUGAACGUGCUGUUUGAGACGGAGGACAGCUAUGUGUUCGGACAGGAGUAUGCACCUGCAGGAGAUCUGUUCGACAUCAUCCCACCUCAGGCCGGUUUGCCGGAGGAGAUGGUCAAGCGCUGCGUUCAGCAGCUGGGUUUGGCUCUGGAUUUCAUGCACAGCAAGAGUCUUGUCCAUCGGGAUGUGAAGCCAGAAAACAUUCUGCUUUUCGACCGUGAGUGUCGACGUGUGAAAUUGGCAGAUUUAGGUAUGACACGGCGGGCAGGCAGCCGGAUCAAGCGGAUCAGCGGCACCAUCCCAUACACCGCCGCCGAGGUGUGCCAGGCCUCGGUAUCGGAGGGAAUCGUGGUGGCGAUGACCCAGGACGUGUGGGCAUUCGGAGUUCUGCUGUUCUGCAUGCUGACGGGAAACUUUCCGUGGGAAGCGGCAUUGCCUAGCGAUGCAUUCUUUUCGGAAUUUCAGCGAUGGCAGCGGGGGGCAUUUCCUCCCGGCAUUGUUCCCUCCCAAUGGCGGCGGUUUUCGGACGAUGCAUUGCGCAUGUUCGGUCGGCUGUUGGCGCUGGAGCCAGAGCGGCGCUGUGGGGUUAAAGAGGUCUUCUACUUCCUCAAAUACGACCUGCUGAAUCAUCACCGCCGCAGAGCUUCCUGUAGGGCUUCUAGGGGCGGUUCCGCACGUUGCUCCGCCCACAGACACGCAGAGCCCUCUCCACCUUCAGGAACUUCCUGUCUACGCCCCACCCCCCUCAAACGUAGCAUCCUGUCCGAACCGCAUUCUUCUAGGGAGGAGUCCUCCAAAAGCCCGUCGCCCAACCGCCAAGACAAGAGCAAAGUAAUGAUGACCACUCCUAUUGAGAUUUGCGUAUGAAGCCAAAACUGGAUACAGCCGCAAAAAGGUAGCAAUAUUGCUUCAGAAUUACUAUUGGGAAAAUGUUUGCACAGGAACGACAACGUAUUUCAUGAUGGAAGUUCAUAGAACGGCCACGAAUGUCAAAAUAGCAAACUAUUACAAGGUGACUUUGAAACCUAGCUAAUGUAAACUAAAAGACAUAGCUUUGGUAGGUCACUUUAGCACUAGAAAUGAAUCCGUUUCACUAGGAAACCGUGGUGAAUUAAUUCAAACUGCUUUCAUUUUAAAGGAAUAGUUCACUCCAAAAAGAAAUGGAAAUUCUGUCAUCAUUUACCUCAUGUCAUUCCAAACCCUUAUGAUUUUCUUCUUACUCAAAACAUGGAAGAAAUACUGCAUGAUGGAUCCUGAAAUUACAUAAGAGUACCAUAUUCUGAGUCCUCUAAAGCCAUAUGUUAGAUUUAUGUGAGGAAAAGUCCAAAAUUUAAGUCAUUAUUGACCAAUAAGUCUACAAAUUGUACCUGUAGGAGUGCAGCAGCUGGGUCAGUACCCUUAAAGGGACAAAUUUGUUCUAUUUUUACCACUAAAAGUAUAUUAGUUCUACAGAGUAGUAUAUAUUGUACUAAUAUGAACCUUUUAUGGGUAAAUUAGGUAAAUUAAUACCCUAAAGGUAAACUUGUUGAUUGAUUUUUCUGAAAGUUGAAGAUGCAUUGCGUCUGGUCAUUGACAUCAGGUCUAAUGUAUCUAAAUGUGUUGUAUUUGAAUUGAAUGACCUUUGAGAGACACUGCAUGAGGAAAACAUUUCAACCCAGUUUUUGGUCUGUUUCUCACUCAAAGCUGAUCAUCAUGUGGCUUUGCAAGACUUAUUUAUAUAUUAUAUAUUUUAUAGUUGUAUAGUAAUCGUUUUAUUGUGCUUUUUGUCUUUCUGGGAGCAAGUGUUAUU